CUUCCCCUCCACAUCCUCUCAUCCUCUCACUCUUUUUGCCAGUCAGAGGGCCAUUUAAUGGCUUGUUUCUGGCGCCAUGGUGCGUCAAAGGAGCCUUUCAAAUGCCUCCUCGACUUCGUCUCUUCCUGAAAGGAAUCAGGAGCUCGAGAGCAUGUACGACUAUCUGGCCAAGGUCAUUCUCCUGGGGCCGAGCGGGGCGGGAAAGUCUUGCGUAUUACACCGGUUUGUGAAAAGCGAAUGGAGAGUGCUGUCAUCGCAAACAAUCGGUGUCGAGUUUUCCUCGAAGAUCGUCAAGUUGGGCACCGGGCCCCGGCGAACAAGGAUCAAGUUGCAGCUAUGGGAUACUGCUGGGACUGAGAGGUUUCGAUCCGUUUCUAGGUCAUAUUAUCGAGGGGCUGCAGGUGCCAUUCUCGUCUAUGAUAUAACGUCCCAUGCAUCCUUUGCCUCUCUCCCCACAUUCCUUAUGGAUGCGCGUGCUCUAGCUUCACCCAACCUCAGCGUCCUACUGGCUGGUAAUAAGUCAGAUCUUGCCUCCGACGUCUUGCCGCCCGGCGAUAUCCUUGAUGACACUAUACGGCCUCCUCCUACACCGUCUAGUACAUCCAGCAAACGGUCUUUUCCAUUUGGCUCAAGCGGCGGCUCUGUUCGUUCAACCACGAAUUUCGACACAACAACAAGAAUGACAGCCACGCAUGCACUCCAUGGUCGUGAAGUUAGCGCCGAAGAAACGUCACGCUGGGCUGCUAAGUCUAACAUCCCGGUUGCCGUCGAAGUUUCAGCCCUCACGGGCGAGGGAGUAGAAGAACUAUUCAACCGGCUGGCCCGGAUAAUCCUCACAAAAAUUGAAUUGGGCGAAAUCGACCCAGACGAUCCACAAAGCGGGAUCCAAUAUGGCGAUGGCGGUCUCUACGGCCAUGGCACGAGUGAUGGUUCCAGCAUUCGAAGUCGCAUGUCGCUUGAUGACGGUGCCGUCCAACUGCAUCGCAGACAUCCAAAAAAAAACACCAAUAAUAACUGGAAAGCUGGUAUGAGAGAGUGGGAGGAUGUCUUUCGGUUGAGUGACUCGCACCAAAGGAGAGGUAGCGGCUGCUGCUAAUUUCCGUGAACUUGGCUAUAUACUGAGUAGCAGCUUCGUUCUUCGCGACUCCCUUGCCUUCCUUUCCUUCGAUCAACUAUACCCGACUUUAGCCGUUCUGCUUUCAGCCUUAUGAGUUGUCUGAGCCCGCCGCCAUAUCCUUGACUUUAUAAAUAGAACGGAUUGUCAGUUAUUAAGUUGCCGAGUGGCAACGCACUCUGACAUUCCCUGGGUCAUCUCCAUGUGGCUUCCUUCAGGAUUCAAAGCUAGUGUGGACUUGCGUCGUGCAGCACGAUACCCCCGAUGAUCAAUCACUGUGAAUGCCAUGUUUAAAUAAGCG